AAAUUUAGGAAAUAAAUAAUUUAAUAGAGUAUUUUACAUGAAAAUCAUGUAAUAUAGACACUACGGAAAAGCGGCAACAUCGGAUUAUUCUGUCAGAGCCGUCAGAGCGCCCAGAGCGCCAUCUACAAAAGUUUUCUUUUUAAAUCCCGUCCUGUAAAAUUUCUUUUUGCAAUUGAGAAUUUGACACAGGAGGUUGGAGGAACCUUAAUUUGCCAUCAUGGUGAACGGCAGAAUUCCGUCGGUAUGUUCAAAAACAUACGUAACCCCUCGUCGUCCUUACGAGAAGGCUCGUUUGGAUCAAGAAUUAAAAAUCAUUGGAGCUUUUGGUCUUCGUAACAAACGUGAAGUAUGGCGUGUGAAAUACACUUUGGCUAAGAUUCGUAAAGCUGCACGUGAACUGCUAACUUUGGAAGAGAAAGAUCCACAGAGAUUGUUUCAAGGUAAUGCACUUCUGCGUCGUUUAGUCCGUGUAGGAGUAUUGGACGAAAACAGAAUGAAACUUGAUUACGUGCUGGGUUUGAAAAUUGAAGAUUUCUUGGAGAGGCGUCUUCAAACACAGGUGUUCAAACUUGGUCUAGCUAAAUCUAUUCACCACGCUCGCGUUUUAAUCCGCCAAGGCCACAUCAGGGUCCGUAAACAAGUAGUGAAUAUUCCUUCAUUUGCUGUAAGGUUGGACUCCCAGAAACAUAUUGACUUCUCACUCAAGUCGCCCUUCGGUGGUGGCAGACCUGGACGCGUUAAGAGGAAGAACCUCCGUAAAGGUACUACUAGUGGCGCUGCUGAAGAGGAAGAAGAUUAAACUGUUAAUUUAUUUAUGAAAUAAAUAAAGAGAAAAUAUAUUAAUUCUUUUA